GCGUCAUAAAUACUGUCAAUUGUUUUUAAAACUUUCACGGUACGAUUUGUUUUAAAUGAUUCAAAUAUACAUUUUGAUUGUGUUGGUGAUUGUUCUUGUGGUGAUUUAUUGUGUGACGCAGAGAAAAUUUAUCAAAUUAUCAUGGCAAUUACCUGGUCCGCCUUUGGUACCCUUUUUCGGCAACGCUCUGCAUUUUAUUUGUAAAGAUGAAGAUAUAUUCGAAAAAUGCGUAGAACUCAUCUCCCAAUAUCCCAGUCCUAUGAGAGGAUGGUUUGGACCAAAAAUGGUUGUGAUUUUUUCCAAAAUAGAACAUAUUAAUAAAAUUAUGUCCUCCAUGAAAUUCACCCAAAAAGACAACGUAUACAGAUUCAUACAACAAUUUGAUGGGGAAUCUCUAAUUAGUGGAUCUGGAAUAAAAUGGAAGAACGAUCGACGACUAAUGACUCAUAUGUUUCUCAAACGGAACAUAGAACAGUAUUUUCCUCAAAUUCUAAACCAUGUAAAAAUCAUGUUGGAAAAACUCGAACCGGAAUCUUUAAAUGGAUCAACUUUCAACAUUGAACACUACGUUCAUCGAUGUGCUACUGAUUUUGUAGAUGAAACUAUUAUUGGAAUCAAAACCGAUGCACAAAAUGGCGAGAUGGAUGAAUUUAUAAAACAAGAAAGCAGAAUGUAUGUGAUAGUUCAUGCUCGGAUUCUGAAAGUGUGGUUGCAGUACGAUUGGAUGUUCAGACUGUCGCAUUAUUGGAAAGAACAUGAAGAAGGGAAAAAGAUAAUUCACGGAUUCAUGAGAAAAGCUUUAUAUUCUGCUCGAGAACGUCGCAAAACUGGUCAAAAUGUAGAAGGUCCUCCUAGUUUUUUGGACUUGAUGUUGGAUAUACUUAAGGAACACCCGAAUUGGGCAACUGACGAAGAGAUUGACCAUCAUCUCACAACCAUGUAUUCCGCUAGUGAAGACACAGUAACGACGAUUUGUUGUUUCACAUUCGUUUUGUUGGGCAUGUAUCCAAACAUACAGAAUAGACUUGUGGAAGAAAUUAAAAACGUGGUGGGAAAAAAGUACGUGGAACUAGACGAUUUGCCCAAACUGAAUUACUUGGACAUGUGUGUUAAGGAUGUUCUCAGAUUGUUUCCGAUUGCUCCGUUCAUAAUGAGAAUACCCAGUGAAGAUGUCAAAAUUGGAAAUUACUUAAUUCCCAAGGGUUGUUCGACAGUGGUUUCGAUACAAUCAUUACAUCGUGACCCCGAUCUUUGGGAGAAACCAAACGAUUUUUACCCGGAACACUUCUUACCCGACGCCGUUUCUAAACGGCCCGUUUAUAGUUACAUGCCUUUCAGCGCCGGACCAAGAGGAUGUUUAGGUCGACCAUAUGCGGACAUGGCUAUGAAAAUUAUUAUCGUAUCUACUUUACAAAGAUACGAGUUUGAAUCGGAUGGUUGUCUGCAGGAGAAAAGAUUAAGAACCGACAUCAGUGUUCGAUUUUGGGAUGAUCAGUAUCCAGUUCGAAUAAAAAAGAGGGUUCAAAAUGUCCAUACAAUGUCAGAAAAUAAUUAAAGAACAUUUCACAAUGUUACUUAAGUGCGUAUCUUACUUAAGUAUCGAAGACAUCAAAUUGCUUAAAACUAAAUUUUGUUCAUUUAUAUUUUAACUUUUCAUCAGUGCCUAUUAAUAUUGCUACUUUUAUUUAGAUAUUUUAUAGAUAU